AUGGCGACUUCCAUAGCUCGAUUUUCUCGGAGAGGAGUAAAUUCUAACCUGAUCCGUCGUUGCUUCGCUGCAGAAGCGGCGCUGGCGACGAAGACGGAGGUGCCGAAGCCAAAAUUGACGGUGUCGCCGUCGCCGGAUCGUGUGAAGUGGGACUACAGGGGACAGAGACAGAUCAUUCCUUUGGGGCAGUGGCUUCCGAAGGUAGCCGUUGAUGCCUACGUGGCACCCAAUGUUGUGUUGGCCGGUCAGGUCACAGUCUGGGACGGCUCCUCCGUCUGGAACGGUGCCGUUCUACGCGGCGAUCUCAACAAAAUCACUCUCGGAUUCUGCUCGAACGUACAGGAACGGUGUGUUGUUCAUGCCGCGUGGUCGUCCCCAACAGGUUUUUUCCCCUUCAUUUUAUGUUCCGAUUAUCCAAUUUCUGAGCUUAUUGCUGAUAAGAAAUCAAGACAAAUGUUGUUAAAUUGA